UACUUCAAUGACUCUCAGCGUCAAGCCACUAAAGAUUCUGGUACUAUUGCUGGCUUAAACGUUAUGCGUAUUAUUAAUGAACCUACAGCGGCUGCCAUUGCAUAUGGUUUAGACAAAAAGACAUCUGGAGAACGCAAUGUACUCAUCUUUGAUUUAGGUGGUGGUACUUUUGAUGUAUCCAUCUUGACCAUUGAAGAUGGUAUUUUUGAAGUAAAAUCUACUGCUGGUGAUACUCAUUUGGGUGGUGAAGAUUUUGAUAACAGGAUGGUAAAUCACUUUGUUCAAGAAUUCAAACGCAAGUACAAGAAGGAUGUCACUACUAACAAGAGAGCUUUGAGACGUUUAAGAACAGCUUGUGAAAGAGCAAAAAGAACUCUGUCAUCAUCCACUCAAGCCAGCAUUGAAAUUGACUCAUUGUUUGAGGGUAUUGAUUUUUACACAUCCAUCACUCGUGCCCGUUUUGAAGAGUUGAAUGCUGACCUCUUCAGAAGUACUAUGGAACCAGUUGAGAAAUCUUUAAGAGAUGCUAAGAUCGAUAAAUCAGCAAUCAAUGACAUUGUUCUUGUUGGGGGUUCUACUCGUAUUCCAAAAGUACAAAAAUUAUUGCAAGAUUUCUUUAACGGUAAAGAAUUGAACAAGUCUAUCAACCCAGAUGAAGCUGUUGCUUAUGGAGCUGCUGUACAAGCUGCAAUUUUGCACGGAGAU